AUGUUAGUCGACAACCCAGUAUCUCCCUUCGCCUUUUCUCCUGCAGAUAUCUCUGAAUAUCUCAAUGCCGAUUUAUUCACACCCAGUAUGCCUUCGUCGUCGUCAGCAGCGUCCUCCUCGUCCCGAGCUUCGUCGCCCCAAUCCCCGUUUCAGUCCCUUUUGACUCCUCCGCAGUCCUCGCUUCCGACUUCUUUUCCUGAGGUAUAUGACUCUCCCAAUUCUAAUAAUUUCUUCAACUUCCUUGAAGAUGAGCUCAAGCUCGUGGAGCCAUUUCCAACAUCCUCGGCUCCGUAUGACUUUGAGGAGCACGAGCAAGCAGACACGAAGACUGUCACCAUUGCACCCAUUAAAGUUGGUGGCCAUGGCAAGGCUCGCAAGGGCACCGUGCAAAGCGGUGGCAUUGUAAAGAAGUCUUCCUCAACACAUCCGCCCGCUGCAGUUUCCAAGGGCGUCAUUUCUACUUCCUCCAAGGAGAAUGAGAUGGACGAUGACGACUUCCCUGCUGAUUGGCGGCCUCCCCCGGAGGUCUAUGCUAAGAUGUCCAGCAAGGAGAAGCGCCAGUUGCGUAACAAGAUCAGUGCCAGGAACUUCCGUGUUCGAAGAAAGGAAUACAUUUCUACUCUCGAACUUGAUAUUGCGGAGCGGGACAGACUUCUCCAAGCAAUCCGGACAGAGUUAGGGUCGUCGCAGUCGGAAAACCAUGCCCUUCGUCAAGAGAUAUCUGCAUUGAAGAGAGCUCUUCUUGAAGGCCGAUCCACAUCCGAACUUACAGCAGACGACAUUCCUGUCCUCAACCUUCCUCCACCUGGGCCGAUUCCUGCCCUAGUAUCGCCAGUUACUCCUCCUACCUCGUCUCCUUCGCUUAUCACACCGAACACUCAGAAGGACCUCUCGCCGUCUCAGUCAGGGAACUUUUGGGGUGGUGUAUCUCGGAUGGGCGGCGGCGUCACCCCUGUGCAUACAGUGCUCAUUCCUGACACUUCAACUUCCGGAAUGCUUGGUGGCUUCGAUGGUUUCGCCGACGGCCAUUUGUUUACUAUGAAAAGCCUUGAUUCAUAUCGCAUGCAACUCUGGACCAAGAUGGCAUCUCAGCAAGCACCGUAUUCACCAUCUUCCAUUCCUUCACCGCCUUCGUCGCCUCCUACGCCGAAUCCUCUCUUUUCUCCUUCUCCGUUCACAAACCCUUCACUUCCUUAUCUCACAGGUUCUCCAUACUCGAACUCCACGUCUCUCCAUGGACUUGCCUCGUCUUUGGGCCCCAAAUUUUUCCAAGCGUCAAGCAAGGCCAACUUACCCUCGACGCAGGACAGGCCGUCGCUUCCCAUGUUGGGAAAUACGUUGAGCACACUUCUGGCCGGAAAACACCAUUCUUCCAACCCGCCUUCAUCCAAAUUACCAUCGGUCGCAGCAAAGGAACAACAGAGGGAGAAGGAACAACAACAACAAGCUAUGAUCGCUGCUUUGGCCAGUCAAACUUUGUUGAAACGCCUCGGCAGUGCGUUCUGGGACGCCUUCGCUGGUGGAUCUUCACCAGGCAAUGCCUCGUCGUCAAUUAAGAUUGAUACUGAUAAGGUCAGGAGGGUCCUGGAAGGCAAAGCCGUCGUGAAGGUCGUCGAUGUCGAGGAGCAGAAGGUUGUUCGAAAAGAAAUGGGAGCAACGAGAAGGACAACCGAAGUCAAGAGCGAACCGAAGGAUGUGUGCUCGUUGUUGGAGGAGAGUAUGAGGAGCCUGACUCUCGGAAAGAAGUAA